CACAUUCAACGGCGAACCCACCGCCGGAGAAGGAACACACGGGGAUGGCCUAGCGGUGUUGUGCUGUCAGUGGUCUAUCAGCAGUGAGCUACCUGGACCAGAGGUGUGAACCAGAGGCAGCAGCAGGUCGCAGAGAUGAGUGUGACCUCCUGGUUCCUGGUGAGCAGCGGGGGCACUCGCCACCGACUGCCACGGGAAAUGAUUUUCGUCGGCCGGGAUGACUGUGAGCUCAUGCUACAGUCCCGCAGCGUGGAUAAGCAGCAUGCAGUCAUCAACUAUGAGGGUGGAACUGAUGAGCACAAGGUCAAAGACCUGGGCAGCCUGAAUGGGACCUUUGUAAAUGAUGUUCGCAUCCAGGAGCAGAUGUACAUCACUCUGAAGUUGGAGGACAAGCUGAGAUUUGGAUAUGAUACCAACUUGUUCACGGUGGUGAGAGGAGAGCUCACUGUGCCUGAGGAGGCUCUAAAGCAUGAAAAGUUCACAAGCGGACUCCAACUCGGCAAGAAGCCAUCAAAUGGUGAAACCACUAAAACCACUACCACUAAGUCCCCCAUGAAGACUCCAACAAAAACACUUAAGUCCCCCAGUAGUGGCGCCCCAAGGCCGGUGGAGAAGAGCCGAGGAGCAGAUGGGGUCACGUCCUCUAAAGAGCCACCAUCUAAACCUGUGGACGGUCAAAAAGCAGAGGACAGGACUCUAGGGGACAUCGGAGCGAUGCCUCGUGGGACCCCUCUGUACGGCCAGCCAUCUUGGUGGGGGGAUGGGGAUGCAGAUGACGAGAACUCCUUCCAUCAAGACAAGUCCUCCAUCAAAAAGCCUGACGGCUCCAUCUCAGAGGGCCAAGAGGCACGUCGAGGGGAGAUGGCGCAAGAGGACGGCCUUCAUGCGUCCCCCGCCCACAAGUACUGUGAGAUCCCUACCAAGGAUAGUCACAUGGCCGAUAACGGCAUCCAUGAGAUUCCCACUAAGGACACAGAGGGCAAUGACAUUCUCAGCGCUGCAGCUCCAGGCCAUGCCUCCUUCACCAUAGAGUUUGACAGCACUGCUCCAGGGAAGGUCACCAUCAAAGACCACGUGUCGAAGUUCACAGCUGACCACCACAGACCGCGCUCUAAGAAGAGUGGAGCAGGAAGUGGAGGCGCAGUAGGGAGGGACUUGAGCACACUUCAAGCGGCUAUGAUGGCAUCAGAGAGCAAAGUGGCCGAUUGGCUGGCGCAGAACGACCCGACUAUGGUGCGCAGCGAGUCAACGGAGGACGACAGCAAGAGCAUCAAGAGCGACGUGCCGGUGCAUCUCAAAAGACUGAAAGGCAGCAAGCAUGAAGAUGGCACCCAGAGUGACUCUGAAAAUGGAGUGGGCCUCCGUUUUGCCAACCGCCGCCUCGCCCUUGAGGAACGUCUGAAGGCAGCACAAGGCCAUGUGGGAGCAGGAGCAGGAGGUGGGAGUGUAACAGUGAGCGGGUCCCAGAGGUCUGUCCCCCGCACUGCCUUCAUGAUUGAGUUCUACGACGAGGAAAACCAUCGCAAGCGCCGGUCGUAUUCGUUUUCCCAGACUUCGCCCCUGCUGGGGGGAGGAGCUGGGGGAGAGGGACUGUUUCCUCAGCCUCCAUCGCAUCCUAAGGUGUUCAGCAUCUCCACCUCUGCUACCACGGCCUCAGAUUCAGGUAAAACCCCAGCUCCAAUCCCGGCCACAGUGACGGCCGGGGCUCCUACAGCGGCCCGUGUGCUGCUCAAGCAGAGGUCUGAGGACCUGAGUAUCGGUCGGAGCUCAGUCAGCACCGGGCUGGCGACAGGGAGCCCCACCAGCCCCAGUGAGGACAACUCAGUCGUGGGGAGAGGAGCAGGGACAGCUAGAGAUGCAGAGGAUGACCACAGUGAUAAGGGGACCUACACUAUCGAGCUGGAGAACAGGAACCCAGAGGAAGAGGAGGCCAGGCGCAUGAUAGACAAGGUAUUCGGUGUUCAGCAGAACCAAGACUCCUCUCUUCUCUCCGAGCUGAAAGCAGAAGGAAAAGGAAAAGAGAUCAUAGAGACCAGCAAAGAGGCUCAUGCUGGUGACCCGAGCUGGGUUUCCCAGUGGGCCAGUCUAGCUGCCAAUCACACCAGGACAGACCCAGAGGGAUCGGGAGGAGAGACGGCAGCCUUUGUGCACAAAGAGCAAGGAGUUGAUGCCUUUGAGUCCGGUGCAUCGCUCAGCAGAGGCGAGUCCUCCUCCAGUCUGACUGACCGCAAGCGCAGGACCCUGCCCCAGCUCCCUCUGGACGACCCCCGGGCUAAAACCAGCACCAAAGCGCUGAGGUCUGAGAUUGGGGAGAAACAGGACACUGAACCACAGGAAAAAGAGAACAAGGGAGACGGGGAGUCCCCAACUCCCAAGCCAGGCGCUGAGAUGACAAGUAAACAUAAACAAAGCUCCACUUCCUCUCCAUCCAAAGCUCCUGUCCGAACCUCUGGCAGCUCGGAGCGGAGAAAGAGGUCACAGGAGAGGAAAGGAGGAGGGUCAGGAGAAGACAAGUCAGGGAAGCCUCUAGUACGCCAGGGCAGCUUCACUAUUGAGAAGCCCAGCGCUAGUGUCCCUGCAGAGCUCAUCCCACGCAUCAACAGAGGCGGCAAUGGGCGCGAACGCAGUGACUCUGUGAGUAGCAUGGAUACUGCCACACUUCUGAAAGACACUGAAGCUGUCAUGGCAUUCCUGGAGGCCAAACUGAGAGAUGAAAACAAACUAGACCAGAAGGGUAGUAAAAGUUCAGGUACUGGCUUCCCCCUGCGGUCUGACUCCAUCUCUCCAGAGUCAGAUGUAGACACAGCCAGUACAACUAGUUAUGCGGCAGGAGAGGCAGACAGGAAAACUGGUAAUGCACAAAAACGACGUUCCUUUAGCAGCAUGCACCGGGAGAAGAGCAAUGUGAGCACUGCUUCCAAGACCAGUGUCACCAACGUAAGUGCCCGUGAGCGCUUGGACAGGAAGACUAAACCAAGAACUGUGGAGACGACAAGCCGGACUGAUGCCCGGCGCUCUGUUCAGCCAUCAGCUUCCUCCAGAGCCCGCCAACCUUCACAGGAUCUCACCGAUGAUGAUAUGACUUCUUCAUUCCCCAUCUCUGACAUCCUCUCCUCAGACCAGGAGACCUACUCUGGUCCACUGGGGCACUCAGCUUAUGGACGUGGCUUCGAUGAUUCCCUUCAUUCCAAACAUGAUAGCAGGUCGGCCAAGAACUCCACCAGUGGUUCCUCCAAAACCAGCCGCACGCUCCAGGCAGCCACAGCCUCCUCCAUGAACAAGCAGGCCUCACUGCCACAGCCGAGGCCCACGAGAGCCUCCCUUCUACGCCGAGCACGGCUCGGGGACACAUCUGACACGGACCUGGCUGAAGCAGACAGGAUGUCUGUGGCCUCUGAGGUGUCCACCACCAGCUCCACCUCUAAGCCGCCAUCCGGUCGGAAGGGGUUGUCCCGACUGGACAUGCUGGCUCAGCCGCGCAGGACCCGUCUGGGCUCCAUCUCAGCCCGCAGUGACUCUGAAUGUACAGUGAACCGGAGCUCCACCUCCUCGCCACGCCUGUCGGCUGAGACCGCUCUGCGUCUGGGUCUGCGCUCCUCAACGCCCGUAGAGAGCAGACUGACACCCAGGAUGAGGGCCAACAGCGUGUCCAAGCUGAAUGAGACCAAACCCAAGACCACUUCAGCUGGAUACUGCUCGCCCACAGUGUCCAGUAGCAGCAGAUGGAGACGUCUGCCACCGGAGUACGGCUCCACCUCAGAGGAAGAGUUCGGCUCCAACCGGAACUCUCCGAAGCACGGAGGACGCUCCCACGUGCGGCCUCAUCACCUCGUCCCGCACCGCAGCUCGAGGCUCAGCACCGCCACGAGUCCAGGCGCCGGCAUGACCACGGGUCCGGUGAUGAAACACCGCAUGAAAGAGCAGGAGGAGUACAUCAGGGACUGGACCGCUCACAGCGAGGAGAUAGCCAGGUUAUUCCCCUGUGUGCGUAGGAUCAGCCAGGACCUGGCUAAGGACUUGGCCGUCUUGGCUCGUGAGAUCCACGACGUGGCCGGCGAGAUUGACUCGGUCAGCUCAUCCGGCACGGCACCCAGCACCACCGCCAGCACCGCCGCCACCACCCCGGGAUCAGCUAUCGACACUCGGGAAGAGGUAGGCCCUGCACGCUCCACGCAGCCGGACAUAGAGGAGAGCAUGAGAAAGUUGGUGGAUCGGGUGUUUGAUGAGAGCCUCAACUUCAGGAAGAUCCCGCCUGUAAUUUCAACCAAUAAGGCGCCGGAGAUCAACGGUAAGCCAGUGGAGCUCCGCCCCCAUGCUCCUGAACGCGUGGAGCCCCGAGCUCUGAGGAGACGGACCUGGAACCGGGAGGAGGCGGUGUUGGACAGCUUGCUGCUCAAUUCAGUUUCUCAACUGUCCAGUAAAAUCAGAAACUCUGUCGACAAAACUGCAGGAAAAAUCAGGAUUUUGUUUAAGGAUAAAGACAGGAACUGGGAUGAAAUUGAAAGCAAACUGCGGUUGGAGAGUGACAUGCCGCUCCUGAAAACCUCCAAUAAGGAGAUUUCUUCAAUUCUGCUCGAAUUGAAGAGAGUUGAAAAGCAGCUUCAAGUGAUCAAUGUCAUGGUUGACCCUGAUGGGACCCUGGAUGCCCUGGCCUGCCUCGCCCUGACCAGCCCCACCACCCCUACCAAGCCCCUCACCGCCAAAACAACCCCCCCCUCCGCCACCAGCCCUGGGUCUGUGACCCCCGCCAAAGAAUCACUGCCGGAGAUCCUCCCCGGGCCGGGAGGAUCAACAGCCUCCGCCAGGGUUCAGGCUUCAUCUGCCAGCAAAGAGGAGACUGCUCGAGAGCCCGUUGUGGGUCUGGGGUUAGCAGGAGUCGGAGGAAUGAACUUCACCCGCAUACGGCCGAGUGGAGAGGAGGCCAUCGCACAGAAGUGAACUUGAACUUUCCCUGAAAUCAAGGUGAAUAAACGUGAGUCUGGACUGGAGUUCUGGUGGCUCAUAAAUCAGUGUUAACAGCAAGGAGGCAGGUAUUUUACCCUUUUUUUUGCCAGAACAGUUGCCAUUCUGCUGACUAUACCACUUUAGCAUUAUGGAUACAAAACCAAAAUAAUUUUUGCAGAAGUCUUGCCAGUCGAGACCAGAGAAGUGCUUCAACUUUCCACUCGACUGGCUUAACCCAAAAUGAAGCACCAUGGAUGUACCCUGAACAGAAACUGACCCGUGACUGAUUUUGAUUUUUGUCGCGUGAGCUUUUCAACCUUUUCACGCUUAUCGGCCAACCCGACCUCAAGAUGGACAUAACGCUACCUGACGGCUCUCAGUGGACAGAUCUCCGUGGCUGUACAGUCUCCACUCUCCCUCCAGUCUUCUCCGCGUGUCAGGACCCUACCCAAACUGAGGGCAUGCCUUAAAACACAUCCUCGAUAGUAGCAGUGUAAACCCCCCCCCUUUGUCCCAUCAAAUAAUAUAGCAGACAACUUUUAAGAUUUUAAUACAGUAAUUUCAGACAAACAGAAUUCAUUGUAACAUAACACUCACAAAAGAUGUUUUAUUUAAAACUAUGACGAAAAUGCAACACUGCAAUAAUUUAUUAGCUCUUCUUCAGUACACAGAAUAUUUCAGCAGCCUUAAGUAUCCACCCUGAUAAAGUACACAAACAGGCCUGAAGCCAUUCACAAAUUUAGCAGAGUUACAGAAGUUUUCUACAUUUCACGACUAACCGUCCGUCCAUUGAAUCAUCAUCGACCGGGACUUGUAGUGCCUCCUUCACCAGUUGUCUUCUACUCUCUCCUCCCCUUUCCUUUCCCUCCCAGUAGUUGGAAAAAAAUGUUUGUCGCUUUAGUAGCAUGUACUGGACAGAGAUCAAAAGUCUGUGUCGAUCUAACUGAAACUGAAUAGUAACAGCCUUUGGGAAACCAAUGAUCAUUUUUCAGCCUAAAUUAUCACUUACCAAAGUUCACCACUUUCUUGACGCUGUCAAUUUCAGACAGUAGAGCCAUCGUGAAAUUCAUCUGUUGUGCAAAAGCGGACAGUUCAGUUCAUAUUGUAAAUUUGAGACGGAAGUUCACCUUUUGUCUCUGAAUGUCAGUCAACAAAUUAUAGAUUCAUAUAUUGAACCACUAGUUUAGUCAUCGCUGCCAUAUCUGUGACACAGCUCAUAGCCCUUUGCUAUAGAAAGCCCACUCGGGUAUCCUAUGAUUUCCAAUUGGCUUCUUUGUACUUCUUAGUCACGUUUUCUUAAACUCACACUUUCCCAUCCUGCUACCAAAUUUUGUGGAAAUCUGUUUGGUAGUUUUUGCAUAAUCCUGCCGACACAAACAAACAAAUGAAGAGGAGUGAGAACUUUACCUUUUUGGCAGAGGUAAUAAACUAAAUCUGUGUAUUUACACAAGGUGCUUUGUUCUGUUUCAACCAGUGGGUGAAGUUAGAAUUACAAACAGUAAAGUGAAACUCUUUCUCAUCAACUCGUCCCUUAUUUUCACAGGGACUCUUCAUUUUCUCUCUCCAGCUUCUCGUCUGUGUCCUAGAGUAAGAUGACUUAAAGGCAGUGUAUUAGUAGAUUCUCUCAGAAAUUAGGUACAAGACUACACGUUCAUUUCCUUCUGUUUACUGUCCUUUACAAUGUCUUUCAAUGCCUCGAAGUGCCCAUUUUGACUAGAGAUGGGCAUUGAUUUAAAGAUCUAAAAAAAAAAUCUUAUUUUGCACAUCAGAUUGUUUCUGUUUUGUUUUCAUACAAAAAUAGUGAAGAAACGGUGAGACCGCGUCACAUGGUUUGAUAAAAGAAAAUCUGAAGUGACUUCCUUUCUUCUCUGGAACUAUUCUGUCUGUACAAAGCCUCUUAUUGUGUUAAUUGUCUGUUUUGUUUUUUCUCGCCCCAUUUUAUCAAAAAAAAAGAAAAAUGAAAGAAAAACCUGUGACUGUGAAUGCUAGGUACAUGUUUAUUUGUUAAAUUCUACGCGUCAUUGGAUCCGUGUCAAUUUUUCUCUCUCGUCAUUUUUGUAAAGAAAAGACACCAUUUUAUUUAUUUAUUUUUGUUUUAAUAUUUUGUGGAUGUUUCAUGUGUUUUUAUAUUUGUUCAACUAUCUGCAUUGUUUCUUACUGUUAAUAAAACAGAGCCAUUCA